UCGUGCUGGGGCAGGACACCUACUCCGACAGACUCUUGAUCAAUUAUUUGUAUGCAAGUGUCUAUCCAGAGGGUCAGUCUGGAGAUGGCUGCGAAUCGGGUGGGGAGGCGUAGUAACAAUAAGACCCACUCACCGAACCGAGGCACCAGCCAGGAAGCUGGACUGAGUGUGCAGAAGAGACAAGCCAGAGUCACAGUAAAAUAUAACAGAAAGGAACUCCAGAGGCGCCUGGAUGUGGAAAAGUGGAUAGAUUGUGGACUUGAUGAGCUGUAUUUGGGAAGGGAAGAUGAUAUGCCAGAAGAAGUGAACAUUGACGAGCUAAUAGAUCUACAAAGUGAUGAAGAAAGGAUGCAGAAGCUUAAGGACAUCCUUCAUACCUGCAGAAACAACACAGAAGCCUUCAUCAAAGAAUUGGUGAAUAAACUUCAUGGCUUGCAGAAACAAGAAGAUCUUCACAACGAUGGGAUUGAACAACCCCAGCUUCACAUCUUCCCUGAUCCCCAGGGCUCUCCUGACACUGAGAGAAACUGAGCACCUGCUCAAAAAUCUACAGCUCUUCAGUCUCCUGUAUCAAACAUGCUUCAUAUCAAGGCAUCAGAAGAAUAAAUUUGUCUUUUUAAUUUGUGAAGUAAAAAGAGGAAAACCCUAUAAAAAUUGCUUUAGGGUGGCCUAAAGCUCAGAGUAAAACUCUGACCAACUACUGCAUGGACCUAUGACAAGUUGUCUUUAUAAUUUUUAAAUUUAAAACAAUUAGAAACAUGUUCAUUUAAAUAAUUGUUUCUACCUGAUCCCUUAAAAUUGCUUUCAUUGGUAUAACCCAAUAUAGUCAUAUGUGUGUGUGUGUGUGUGUGUGUGUAAACUUAUUUGGCUUUAAUAAAAAGUUAAUUUAAUGAAUUUUAGGUCACCUGAGAAAACAAUUUGUUUAGUGCAUAACAACCAAUAGUUUUUCCUUUGAAAUACUGACCCAUGUGAAGGAUUUUUCUCAUGACAUUUUUUUUAUAUUUUUAAUUUUUUAGAUUGUGCUGAACCCAUGAGUUUUUCCACAAAUGGACCAAAGACUUUUUGCAAGGUGCUUUUUAGAUUUCAGAUCCGUUACAGUAAUUUCCUGUUGUGUUGUUUAUGUAUUGUGUUGGAUUUUGCAGGAUUAAAUAAUUUUUGAA